AUGCCGCAUCUCGACACCUCUGCAACGAACAAGAAGCUGAAGUUCCUCGUCAUCGGCGCUGGACAGCGUGGUGUAUCAUACGCCAAUCCAGUUUCUCGCAUGCCGAAUGCAGCAAUUCAUGCUGUAGCAGAACCUGUCAAUUAUCGACGUCGGCACUUUGGCGAAUCCUACAUCUGGGGAGAAGCCGGUAAACCUGCCGACGGACAGGAAUUCAGUGACUGGAAGCAGUGGCUGGCUUGGGAGAUUGAGCGCCGGAAAUCCGAGAAGUCAGGCAAAGAAGUGCCUGCUGGUGUGGAUGGAGUGUUUGUUUGCACUCUUGAUGCAAUGCAUGUCGAAAUCAUGCUCGCGAUCGCACCACUCAACAUCCAUGUGUUGUGCGAGAAACCAUUGGCCACUUCUCUAGCGGAUUGUAUGUCGAUACUUCAGGCAUUCUCACGUGAUCCACAAGAGAGAAUUUUCUCUGUUGGACACGUUCUGAGAUACAGCCCACAUAACCAACUGCUUCGCAAGCUUCUGCUCAGCGACCGCGUCGUGNGCGAUAUCUUGUCCGUGGAACACACCGAGCCCGUGGGAUGGUGGCACUUUGCCCACAGUUAUACACGAGGACCAUGGAGACGUGCGACUGACAACCAAGACGGCUCUCUGCUCACCAAAAGUUGCCAUGACAUCGAUUUCUUGCUUUGGCUCCUUUCGCAAACACCAGAUGGCACCGCCGACGAUGUUCCAGCCCAUCUGCCAAAGACGAUAACAUCAACCGGAGCUCUAAACCAGUUCAAGAGAUCUCGGAAGCCAGCAGAGGCAGGAAUUGCCACGAAUUGUCUCUCUUGUCCUUACGAGCGAAAAUGCCAAUACAGCGCAGUCAAAAUCUAUGACGACGCUCGUCUGGCUGUUGGACACACGCAUUGGCUCAACCACGUUGUCCACGACAUCGAAGAUACUUUACACGCUUGUGGAGUCGAUGCGGCCAGAAAAAGUCUCCAUACUCGAUUGGGGCAAGACUACAGCCAGNGAGUCACUCCUGAUGCCGAAAUCGCGGAACGACCUUGGUACGGGCGCUGUGUCUACGAGAGCGACAACAAUGUUUGCGAUGAUCAAUUUGUCACAAUUAAAUGGGAUGAAGAUAUUUCUUCGCCUUUGCACCGUCCGGGAAAAGUUGCAACACUCCAUAUGGUUGCCAACACCGAGAAGGAAUGCGAGCGCAGAGGCAUCAUAUAUGGAUCCCAUGGCGAGCUUUCGUAUGAUGGAAAAACCAUUCGAUACUUCGACUUUGUUGCCCGCAAAGAAACUAUCGUCACAACGCCUGAUGCACCUGAGUUCGAGCAAAAGAUCAAAUCUCAUGGUGGAGGCGAUAAAGGUCUUGCUGCGGCAUUCGUGUCUGCUGUUGAAGCUGUCGACCGAAAUGGACUCAAGGCUGAGGAUGCCCAGCGAAAGUUUGUUGGAUGCACUCUCGAGGAUGCUUUCAGAGCGCAUGCUGUAGUCUUUGCUGCUGAGGAGGCGAGGAGGGAUGAGAAGAUUAUCCAGUGGAAAGCGUGGUGGGAAAGCAAGAAACAGCAGUAUCAGGUCGGGAUGUAA